GCUCCGCCUCCAUCUCAGGUGAAGCUCUGACUCAUUCCAGGAAGCAGCUCACCUGUAUCUCAGUCCAAGUUCACACAUCAAGUGUCUUCAACACUUUCUGAAGUUCUAACAAACUCUCCAUGUGUGUGAGCUGAUGUGAACUGAGCAGCAUGGAUCAGUGUGAGGACAGAGAGGACAGAGUCCCUCCCUCUAAAACCACUCUGUGUGGAGAACAUGAGGACCAGAGCAAAGUUCAGAGGAAACGAUCAGAACCAGAACCUGGACCUGGACCCAGCUGUGUGUCCUUAAAGAGCAACUGGUCAAAGGAAGAUUUUAUUGAUUUUAAAUCAGAUCAACGUUCAGCUGCAAACAGGAUCCAACAGAACCUCAAACCAGAACCAGAACCCAGCUGUGUGUCCUUCAAGAGCGACAGGUCAAAGUUUCUUGGUAUUGAUUUUAAAUCAGAUCAACCUUCAGCAGCAAAGAGAGUGGACCAGCAGAACUCAGAGGUUCCCAGUGGUCCGUCUGCCCAGCAGCAUCAAACACGGCUGGACUCCAUAUUUAUGCUGCUGGAGGACAACAUUGUUACUUUUGUGAAGAACGAGCUGAAGAAGAUCCAGAAGGUUCUGAGUCCAGAUUACCCAGAAGGGUUAGAGAGUCAGUGGGGGGAUGAGGAGGUGUUGGAAGGUGAGGAUAAAGAGAAGAGGAGGAGCAACAGAGAGGCUUUUGUGAAGAUCACACUGAACUUCCUGAAGAAGAUGAAGCAGGAGGAGCUGGCUGAACGUCUGCAGAGCAGACUUUUUUCCUCAGUUUGCAAACAUAAACUUAAAUCUGGUGUGAAGAAGAGGUUCCAGUGUGUGUUUGAGGGGAUCGCUAAAGCAGGAAGUCCAACCCUUCUGAACCAGAUCUACACAGAGCUCUACAUCACAGAGGGAGGGACUGGAGAGGUCAAUGAUGAACAUGAGGUCAGACAGAUUGAAACAGCAUCCAGGAAACCACACAGACCAGAAACAACCAUCAGACAAGAAGACAUCUUUAAAGUCCCACCUGGAAGAGAUCAACCAAUCAGAACAGUGAUGACAAAGGGAGUGGCUGGCAUUGGGAAAACAGUCUUAACCCAGAAGUUCACUCUGGACUGGGCUGAAGACAAAGCCCACCAGAACAUCCAGUUCAUAUUUCCAUUCACCUUCAGAGAGCUGAAUGUGCUGAAAGAGAAAAAGUUCAGCUUGGUGGACCUUGUUCAUCACUUCUUUACUGAAACCAAAGAAAUCUGCAGCUUUGAACACUUCCAGGUUCUGUUCAUCUUUGAUGGUCUGGAUGAGAGUCGACUUCCUCUGGACUUCCACAACAAGGAGAUCCUGACUGAUGUUACAGAGUCCACCUCAGUGGAUGUUCUGCUGACAAACCUCAUCAGGGGGAAACUGCUUCCCUCUGCUCUCCUCUGGAUAACUACACGACCUGCAGCAGCCAAUCAGAUCCCUCCUGAGUGUGUUGGCAUGGUGACAGAGAUCAGGGGGUUCACUGACCCACAGAAGGAGGAGUACUGCUGGAAGAGAUUCAGAGAUGAGGAGCAGGCCAGCAGGAUCAUCUCCCACAUGAAGACAUCAAGAAGCCUCCACAUCAUGUGUCACAUCCCAGUCUUCUGCUGGAUCACUGCUACGGUUCUGGAGGAUGUGAUGGAGACCAGAGAGGGAGGAGAGUUGCCCAACACCCUGACUGAGAUGUUCAUCCACUUCCUGGUGGUUCACACCAAAGUGAAGAAGGUCAAGUAUGAUGGAGGAUCUGAGACAGAUCCACACUGGAGUCCAGAGAGCAGGAAGAUGAUUGAGUCUCUGGGAAAACUGGCUUUUGAUCAGCUGCAGAAAGGAAACCUGAUCUUCUAUGAAUCAGACCUGACAGAGUGUGGCAUCGAUAUCAGAGCAGCCUCAGUGUACUCAGGAGUGUUCACACAGAUCUUUAGAGAGGAGAGAGGGCUGGACCAGGACAAGGUGUUCUGCUUCGUCCAUCUGAGUGUUCAAGAGUUUCUGGCUGCUCUUCAUGUCCAUCUGACCUUCAUCAAGGAUGGAGUUAAUUUGAUGGAAGACCAAAAAAACAUUUUUGGUUGGUCUAAAUUCUCCAAGAAACCAAAACUAAAAUAUCUCCAUCAGAGAGCUGUGGACGAGGCCUUACAGAGUCCAAAUGGACACCUGGACUUGUUCCUCCGCUUCCUCCUGGGUCUUUCAGAGGAGACCAAUCAGACUCUCCUGCAAGGUCUGCUGACAAAGACAGGAAGUAGCUCAGAGACCAAUGAGGGAACAGUUCAGUACAUCAAGGAGAAGAUCAAUGAGAACCUGUCUGCAGAGAAAAGCAUCAACCUGUUCCACUGUCUGAAUGAACUGAAUGAUCGUUCUCUGCUCCAGAAGAUCCAACAGUCUCUGAGUUCAGGAAGUCUCUCCACAGAUAAACUGUCUCCUGCUCAGUGGUCAGCUCUGGUCUUCAUCUUACUGUCAUCAGGAGAAGAUCUGGAUGUGUUUGACCUGGAGAAAUACUCUGCUUCAGAGGAGGCUCUUCUCAGGCUGCUGCCAGUGGUCAAACCUUCAAACAAAGUUCUAUUGAAGAACUGUAACCUCUCAGAGAGAAGCUGUGAAGUUCUGGCCUCAGUUCUCAGCUCCCAGUCCUCUAAUCUGAGAGAGAUGGACCUGAGUAACAACAAGCUGCAGGAUUCUGGAGUGGAGCUGCUGUCUUCUGGACUGAAGAGUCCAAAUUGCAAACUGGAAACUCUCAGAUUGAAGAACUGUAACCUCUCAGAGAGAAGCUGUGAAGUUCUGGCCUCAGUUCUCAGCUCCCAGUCCUCUAAUCUGAGAGAGAUGGACCUGAGUAACAACAAGCUGCAUGAUUCUGGAGUGGAGCUGCUGUCUUCUGGACUGAAGAGUCCAAACUGCAAACUGGAAACUCUCAGACUUAGAUCCUGUAACCUCUCAGGGAGAACUUGUGAAGUUCUGUCAUCAGUUCUUAGCUCCCAGUCCUGCUGUCUGAGAGAAGUUGACCUGCAGAACAACAACCUACAAGAUUCAGGGGAGAAGUUGCCGUCUGGUUCAGACUGUACACUGGAAAUUUUCAGGAAGCCUGAUGGAGUCCGAUGGUUGAAAGAUCUGAGGAAGUAUUCCUGUCAGCUCACAAUCGACACAAACACAAUGAAUAGAUACCUAAAACUGUCUGAAGACAACAGGAAGGUGACAUGGAUGAAGGAGCUUCAGUCAUAUCCUGAUCAUCCAGACAGAUUUAAUUACUGUUCUCAGCUGCUGUGUAGUGAUGGUCUGACUGGUCGCUGUUACUGGGAGGUCGAAUGGAGAGGAAGAGUUUUUAUAUCAGUGAGUUACAGAAGAAUCAGGAGGAAAGGAGACACUGAUGACUGUUUGUUUGGAUGGAAUGAUCGGUCCUGGAGUCUGAACUGUUCUGAUGGUGAUUACUCUGUCUUGCACAAAAGGAAGAAAACACCCAUCUCCUCCUCCAUCUCUAACAGAGUAGCAGUGUAUGUGGACUGUCCUGCUGGCAUUCUGUCCUUCUACAGAAUCUCCUCUGACUCACUGAUCCACCUCCACACCUUCAACACCACGUUCAAUGAACCUCUUUAUCCUGGAUUCUUGAUCGGUUCUGGUUCCUCAGUGUUUCUGUGUUGAGUCUAAAGAGUCUCUUCCUGUCAGAGAAACACUCUCACUGUUGAACAGAUAGUUCAGUCUCUACAUGUCUGUCUCUUUCACUCAGAAACAUUUUCACAUUCAGUCGGUUUCUUUCUGAAACUCUUGGAAAAGAUUCCUUGUAAACUUCGUCCUCUUCCAGUCCUUUAAAGAUGGAAGCUGGGAUUAUUCCAGGAUCCAAAGGUUUGGUUCUGUUUCCAGUCAAAGCUUCAUUUAGGGUUUUUCCUCCAAUGUGCUUCCAGUGCUAUACCAAGACUGCUGCUGGAGUUGGUUCUUUACUGGUUCUUUACAUCUCUUCCAGUAAAUGUUUGAUCCUGGCUCUUAAUAUCACCAUCAGAAGAAGUUUUAACAUUUCUAUCUCCAAUCUUUUCCGUCAUGUUUCUUGUUUGUGUCACUAAUGUAGUUUUUCUUCAUUUGAUCUGAACAGUUUUGUACUUUAGUCCCAGAUAAACAGGCUGCCUCCUCAGGAUCUGUGGGCUGUGAAGCUCAGGGUUUCUGGAACUGAUUUGUGAUGAAAAAUGAUGACGUGAGUGGAGCUGCUGUUUUAACUGCCCAGGUGGUUGUUCAGUUCCUCACUGUUAGUAUCUGCUAUGUUUUAAUGAGCCAGAUCAGUUCACAAUAUGACUUCUGAUGAGACUGUUCCUAAAAGAAGAAUCAUUCCAGACUAUCUGUGGCUGAACUGCAGAUGAUGGAAAUGUAAAUAUUGGAGAAUAAAACAGUAUUUGCUACCAGU